AAUUCGGCACGGCGUAAUAUCAUAGCGCAUUGAAUAGCUAUUCAUUUGAAAACUGAGUUUAUUCUAAGUUGGCUCUUUCGUUGGUGCACAUUGAUUAGCUCCAGUUUGACAUUAGUAAAUCAAAACGCAAUUCACAUUGCACAAAGUGUUGACAAUAUGGAUUCGGAAAUAAAUGGUAUUAUAUCUGUGCGUCAACUUUUAGAAGCCGGAGCGGAAUUAUCACUGACUGUGCGUACAAAAGGAAGAAACAACAAGAAAAAUCGUGGUCAAAUGGCAUCGGGUGCAGAACAUGGUGGUGAUCGUGUGGCAAAUCCAGUGCCGCUUCCAUCGUUCGUUAGUUCGGAUGGAAUGUUACAAUCGAUUUUUGAUGCGAUCGACCAGAAAAUAUUCAAUUGCAACUUGGAUGGAAUCAAAAUGGAAUGGUGCGACAAAUUGAAAUCCCGUGCUGCCGUCACCUAUGAAAAAACGUCAUACUCAUCGAAGCAGAUAUUCAUUCGGUGCAGCAAACUCUGGUUCAAACAUCGCACACGCAAACAGCUUGUCGAAGCAAUUUUGUACGAAAUGAUUCAAUUAUACAUCGAUAUAAAUGACUACUAUGGCGAAAAAAAAGAAAAUCCGGACUUGGACGUCUACUUGCUUGCUGCAGCGAUUGAAUACUUCAAUAGACGAUUCAAAACCAAUCUCAUUCUCAACAACAACCACAAACGUGAUGCCGACAACGAUUCCGAUGUCACAGAAAUGUUGGCUUCGAUUGCCAAGGAUAGCAAGAUAUCACAAAAAAUACCAACAUACGAUAGCUACAAAAUGGCCUCAGACAUUCAAGUGCUGACCAACAAAGUGAUUGGGAACAAAGAUGCGGUCAAAUGCGGCCAAAGCUGUGGCGGUUUUUGCUACACAAGCGGGUGUUCUUCGGCUGUGGCAUUACGUCAUCGCUAUAUCGGCUCAAACAUCUAUUUCAUUUUUGAACUUGACGGACCAAAGUGUUUUCUUUGCGAUGAGGAAAUCACACAAGGCGGCUUGAACAACCAUUUCGACCAAAUCUGUCCAGUUUUCAAACCACCAAGCAACCCAGCUGCUUAGAAAAACUACAACGAUUUCAACGGUAGAAUUCCCAGCAAAACACAUUUCUAUUGUUGUGCAUCGAUAAUGGACAUAUCCAUAAUUUUGGUUUAUUCAACGGCUACAGCUCAAAUUUGAUGAAAGUUUGAACAAAAAAAUAAGCUCAAAAAGCAUUCUAAACAUAGUCGACUAUGUUGAUGAAAACGUCUCAAUGGAUUUAUUAUAGCUUUUGAUGAAGAAUAUUGAAAAAAAAACUUAAAAGCAUGCCUAUUUAUAGAGACAAAUUCGAUGAAAAACACUUCAUAUUCAAGAUGUGAACUUCAGUAAAACAAAAAAUUAACGUUCAACAAAGUCAUUAUUUUCCCAAAAAAUUUAUUUAUAGUUUAAGUUUAUUUAACUUUAAAAUACGAUUAUACAAACGAAAAAUAUACAAAUAAAUCUCAUUUUCCUUAUUGAAACAUUAGACAAUAAAAA